AACUUUGACUGUCGAAGUGUCGACUACCAUCGAUUCUGUGUUGACGUUCAGCCGGCAGUAGCGUCGUGCGUAUGGAGUCGUACGAAAAGUGAAAAGAAUUUAACAACGAAACGUUUAUAUACGCCCGUUACUGGUUGUUAUUCUCGGGUUUUUGUUUUCCAGUGAUUCUAGGGAUCACGAUGUGCACCAGCAGAACGGUUUUGUGUGGGACAUCCGACARCGACCAGACGUCGGAUCACUGCCGAGCAACAGUUUGAACCGAAAGACGCGAUAACACCGUUAACUAUGGAUAGUGUUCGAGCUCUGGAAGUGAUGGGCCUUCUUCAAGAGAAGAUCGCAUUCCUCACUGGUGGUCGAGACAAGCGAGGGGCGCCUGUAGUUACGUUUCCCUCUACUCCACGAAGAGAACGAGCUAAACUUGAAGAUUAUCGACGGUUAUUGCAAUAUUUUGGAUCUAUACCUCCGUGUGAAGCUAAAGAAUCAGGUUUAGUAGCUGUGAUUGAUAUGCGAGGUGGUUCUGGCUGGUCAUCUGUCAAACCAAUCUUGAAAGCCCUCCAAGAUUGGUGUGCUGGAGGCAAUGGAAACCAUGUGUAUGCUGUAUAUGUUGUAAAACCUGAUAAUUUUUGGCAUAAACAACGAACCAGCAUGGCUAGUCAUAAAUAUAAAUUUGAAACAACAAUGGUUAACUUAGAAGGCCUAUCAAAGUUUAUAGAUUCUACACAAUUGACGUCAGAUCUCGAUGGAUCUCUACACUAUGAUCAUGCCCAAUGGAUUGAUAUUCGACUUAGUAUUGAAGAAUUUAUGUGGCAAGCUGCUGAUUUGUUAGAUCGUUUAGAUGAUUUACAAGAAGACUUGAGUCGUAAUGAUUGUAGAGAUGAUAUUGCUGGUGCCAAACUCGCCCUUGACUUUCAUACCGACAUGAAAAAGAAAGUUCUUAAAACCCCUGUUGAGGACAUGGAUUUAGCUGGUCAACAACUUUUGCAGAGAUUAUCUGGAGACAAUAAUAGUGGUUAUGAUUCUGGGUAUUCUGGACGUGAUAGUGAAGCUAGCAAUGGUAUUAGUAAUCCAGAUUUACAAGCAUCUGUACCACUAAUACUUCAACAAUUGGAUACCAUUAGAACGUCUCAUAAACAUGUAUUACAACUAUGGCAGCAUAAAAAACUUAAAUUAGAUCAAUGUUUCCAAUUGAGACUGUUUGAACAAGAUUGUGAAAAGAUGUUUGAUUGGAUUUGCCAUAAUCGGGAUGUAUUUUUAAUGAGUUAUGUUGAGAUUGGACAUUCCUAUCAACUUGCCAAAGAUAUACAAGAAGAGCACAAUCAUUUUACUAUGAGUUCUAUGAAUGUGUAUGUAAACAUAAAUCGUAUCGUAGCUGUUGCACAUCGCAUGAUAGAAUCUGGACAUUAUGCUUCUAAUCAUAUAAGAACAGUUGCUCAACGAUUAGAUAGAACAUGGAAACAGUUUGCAGCUGGAUUAGACGAACGGACAUCAGUGUUAGCAUUAUCUGUUUUAUUUCAUCAUAAAGCUCAACAGUAUGUGGAAAAUGUACCAAACUGGGAUGAGGCUAUAGAAAAUGUCACCAUACCAAAUGAAAUUAUGGUUUUAGAAAAUACAAUUCACCAACAUCAAAACUUGUACGAACUCAUGUGCCAAGCAUAUACUGAGGUUUAUAAUGGCUAUCAAAGCUUAUUAAACGGACUGGAUACUUUGGUACAAGUCUGUGAAAGUUUUCCAACUCCUCCAAGCAAUGUACCAUUUAUACAUUAUGGAAAUUCUCCACAAAAAAGUGUUCAUAGCACCAGUAAGAAGCUGCUCUAUCAGUUGGACCAUUUGGUUCAGGUGUGUAACCAAAGUGACUUGACACCAGUCGCUGAACAACAUCAUAAACAUUUGGAUAGUGGAUCAGAUUCUUCAGCCAACACAAAUAAAACAGUUGGAACAAAUCAUCAACAAGCUGCAGCUGAUUAUUCAGAAGGUGCCAGUCAUGUGCUUGCUGUCAUACACCAAAUCUUAAACCAUCAUAGGAGUUUAGAACAUCGAUGGCACUCUAAGAAGAUUAGACUUCAUCAGAAAUUAGCAUUACGAUUAUUUCAAGAAGAUGUCAAACAAGUUCUUGAUUGGUUGUCCAACCAUGGAGAAGUGUUUCUAAGAAAAAAUACUGGAAUUGGACGUACAUUACAAAAAGCCAGAGUAUACCAAAAAAGUCAUGAACAUUUCGAAAAUGUGGCCCAGAACACGUAUACUAAUGCUGAGAAAUUGCUGACGGCUGCCGAAGAACUGUCUCAAACUGGUGAAUGUGACGCGUCUGACAUUUGCUCGGUAGCCGCUGAACUUGAAAGUCAUGUAGCCGCUUUUGCGGCUCGUGUUCAAGCUAGAAGACGGCGUUUGCAGAGAGCGGUGAAUUUCUAUACCCAUCAGUCUGAGCUCCAAGGCUGGCUCGAUGAACUCAGAGCCGAAACUGAUGGUUGUGAUGAGGCAGCAGACACUCUGGAAGGAACUGAAAGAGCUCUAGAACAAGUCAGUCACCAGCGGGAUUCUUGUUUGGAUGCGUGCCAUUCUACAAUAACCGAAGGGGAGGCGUUGUUACAAGAACUUAGAAGUGGAGGCGUGACUGCUGAAAUGGACCCCACUGGAUCAGUUGCUGCAGUAGAUGCUGCGCUCGAGCGUUUAAAUAAACAACGCUUAGAGUUGGAACAACUAUGGGCAACUCGAAAAUUAAAAUUGGAUUUAUGCCUGAGAUUACGGAUUUUUGAAAGGGAUGCACUCGAAGUUUCUUCUCAGUUGGAACUUUGGGCAAAUGAACUAGAACGAAAUCAAAAUGAAGUAAUAACAACAUUAGCAGAAGCUGAGUCACGGUUAUCUCGCCACAAUGAUUCAGUAGCACAAAUGCAGGCAGCAGUUUACCAAGCACUGGAGCAAGGCGAACAAUUGGCUCAAGUGUUGGAUAAAUCCGGAGUCGGUGUAAUGGCUGAUAGUCAAUAUACUGCUCAAACUAGAGUACAAGUGUUGCUUGAGUUUUUGCAUGAACGACAUAUGGACUUGGUAGAGUUAUCAGAAAUUAAACGUAGCCGGCUUGAUCAAGCUGUUCAAUUGUGUCAAUUUAAUAAUGAUGCAUCACAAGUAAUUAGUUGGAUUCGUAAUGGUGAAUCAAUGCUAUCAGCAAAUUUUACUAUUCCCAACUGUUUAGUUGAUGCAGAAAUUCUGAAAAAAGAACAUGAACAAUUUCAAGUUGCGAUUGAAAAAACUCAUUCAGCUGCUGUUCAAGUAAAACAAUUGGCUGAAUCUCUUGUAGCAGCAAAUCAUUAUGAUUUAACUACAGUAAAAGAAAUGGCAGUUGAAGUGACUAAACGGUGGCAACAGUUGGUUACAUGUGCUGAAGAACGACACAAAUUAGUCACCGCUAGUCUAAACUUCUAUAAAACUGCAGAACAAGUAUGUUCUGUUAUGGAUAGUCUUGAAAGAGAAUACCGUCGUGAGGAAGAUUGGUGUGGUGGUGGUAGUAUUGAAGCUGAUAAAUUAGGACAACUUUGUACUAAACAUCAAGAACAAAAAGAAGCUUUUCUAAAAGCAUGCACAUUGGCCAGGCGAACGGCUGAAACAUUUUUAAAAUAUACUAAUCGUAGCUUGCAGUAUUAUAGCUGUACUAAUCAGUCUAUAGCUACUGUAGACACAGCUUCUGAAGCUAGAGUUAAAAACAUUCUUGAAAAAUUAUCAGGCCAGGAAAACAAAGUACUCGAUCAUUGGUCUCAAAGAAAAAAACGACUUGAUCAGUGUCAGCAGUUUGUAUUGUUUGAUAAGUCAGCCAAACAAGCAAUGGAGUGGAUACACAAUGCUGGUGAACAAUAUCUAAAUACUCAUACUACUGUUGGUGCUACACAGGAUGAAACAAGACAUUUACUUCGUGAGCAUAAUGAGUUUAAAACAUCGGCCAAAGAGACACGAGAAAAAGUCAAGUUAUUAAUACAGUUAGCUGACAAUUUAGUGGAAAAAGGCCAUGCUCACGCCAAUGCCAUAAAACAAUGGGUGGCUGCAGUUGAUAAUACCUACAAACAUUUUAGUUCUAGAAUGGAUAAAUAUAGGUUUGAAUUGGAAAAGAGUUUAGGCAUUCAAGAACAUGUUGAUACUCGUGAUCUGUCCAUUGAUAGAAACUCAGAUCCAAAUUUAGAACAAAAAGUAAAAGAAUCAACUAAAGAUCUGAAAGAAUUAAAUGAAGAAAAAAGGAGAUCAGCUAGAAGAAAAGAAUUCAUUAUGGCGGAACUUCUCCAAACUGAAAGAACAUAUGUAAAAGACUUAGAUGUUUGUAUCAAAGCUUAUUUAGAUGAAAUACGGGCUCUUCAAAAUGUCCCUAUUGGACUUCAUGGACGAAUUGAUAUUCUAUUUGGUAACAUUGAAGACAUACGCAAUUUUCAUAGAGAUGUUUUUAUCAAAGAACUGGAAAAGUAUGAGACAAUGCCUGAAGAUGUGGGACAUUGUUUUGUCACUUGGGCUCAAAAAUUUGAUAUGUAUGUGAAAUAUUGUAAAAAUAAACCAGAGUCUAAUGCCAUAUUAGUGCAACACUCUGGUUCGUGUGGUGGCGUUUUUGAAGAGCUUCAAAAGAAACAUAACAUUGAUCAUCCUAUUGCUGCUUAUUUAAUAAAACCAGUACAAAGAAUCACCAAGUACCAAUUGCUAUUAAAAGAUCUCCAAUCAUGUUGCAAAGAAGGCCAAGGAGAAAUUAAAGAUGGCUUGGACGUGAUGUUGAGUGUACCCCGAAAGGCCAAUGAUGCAUUGCAUCUGUCUUUAUUAGAAGGAUGUGAUAUUUCUACUGAUGAACUUGGUGAUGUUGUUGUACAAGAUACAUUAUACGUUUCUGAUUCAAGACAUCAUCUGUUACGUAAAAGCCGUGAAAGGCAUUGUUUUUUGUUUGAAUUGUAUUUAGUAUUUGCCAAACAUGUAAAAGAUCACUCAAAUAAUCCUAAAGUAAAAUACCUAUACAAAAAUAAACUCAUGACUUCGGAACUUGGUGUAACUGAACACAUUGAAGGAGAUGAAUGCAAAUUUGCCGUGUGGACUGGCCGUGCACCAAUUUCUGAUUACCGUAUUGUGUUAAAAGCGUCCACAUUAGAAGCAAAACAAACCUGGGUGAAAAAACUCAGGGAAGUAAUUCAAGAAACAUACUUCAAUUCAGCUUUGCGUAUGUAUAUGCCCAAAAGUCCAGCAAAACUUAAACCUGACAGUCAACGAUCUAGCCGAGAUUUAGAAGAAGAAAACUUAGACCGAGGAUCACUGGCUUCUUUUGGAUCAGGAAACACUACAGAUUCCGACAAGAACUCGGGCGUGGAGAUGACCUGGGUAAUCGCGGAUUUCACGGCCACGGCCGCCGGCCAGGUGACCGUCGCCAAAGGUCAGCAGGUUGAGCUCUUGGACUGCUGUGGUGGUACGAGUGAAAUGGUUUUAGUGCGGGUACCAUCCGAUUGUACCGAAGGACUGGUGCCACAUAUUGUACUCAAACAACCGCCGUCACUCAAGUCACCGCAAACCACAGAAACCACCUCGGGAGAAUGUGUGGAUAAUGCCUCCGCUGCCGUUACAACAUCUUUGGUUUGCAAUAACUCACCGGUGACCAAAAGACGUGUCUUUAGCGGGAGGAUGUGGAUCCCACAACCAUUGAGGAAAUUCAGCAACGGCAGCAAAGUCGACAAAAACCACGUGCAGUCGUCGGCCAAAAAGGGAACGGAUAAAAAAUACAAAUCGCCCGUCAGCGAAGUCAACAAAACUUUGCCGAAUGAAGACGAACAGAAUGGUGAAGAACCGGAUGACGAUCUCGAAUUGCCGCCACCCAUGAAACCAAUUUCCGAGUCGAUUUUGGUGAACGCCUCCGACUCUGCCACAGUCCCUUCACAAAGAGAACAACACACCACCACCGCUGCAGCCGCCGCCGCCGCCGCUGCCGCUGCCUCUACCAUCAACUCCACCAACUUUUCCUCCGACAAGAUAAGCGGUGAGUCGAGACUGAAAAACGACGUCGUCGAGUGCGAAGACGCGUUACAUAAACGGGAGUAUGUAAUGAGAGAGCUGGUAGAGACCGAACGAGACUACGUCAGAGACCUCUCUCUAGUGGUCGAAGGCUACAUGACCGUGAUGAGAGAUCCCGAGGCCGCUGGCUGUGACAUCCCUAUGCCUGAGGACUUGAAGUCUGGCAAAGACAAAAUGAUCUUCGGUAACAUCGAACUCAUCUACGAAUGGCAUAGAGAUGUAUUCCUGGCGGCCGUUGAGCGAUGUCUCACCCGACCGCACGAGCUCGGCAAGUUGUUCAAAAAAUACGAACGCAAGCUUUUGAUGUACGUAGUUUACUGUCAAAACAAGCCAGUUUCCGAAUACCUCGUUUCUGAUCACAAUGAUUAUUUCGAGGAAAUGCGUCAGUUCCUAGGACACAAACUCCAGCUUAGUGACAUCCUCAUCAAACCUGUCCAGAGGAUUAUGAAAUACCAGCUGCUUUUGCGGGACAUGUUCAAGUACACGGAGCGGGCUAGGUUGGCAGACGAGAUGGAAGCCCUUCGGCAAGCUAUGCACGUCAUGCAAGUAGUGCCCAAAGCAGCCAACGACAUGAUGGACGUUGGUCGGUUGCAAGGUUUUGACGGCAAAAUCACCGCUCAGGGCAAGCUACUGUUGCAUGGCAUGUUGACGUGCGCCGAGGGCCCGAGUUGCAAUCCGAACAGAGUACCACCGCUCAAGGACCUGCACGUAUUCCUGUUCGAACAGAGUAUAAUUCUCAGUGAAGAAAUGCGUAAAAAGGCGCAGUUCAGCAGUCCAGUGUACGUUUACAAGGCGCACAUUCAGGUGAACAAAAUGACCCUGGAUGAGAGGCACGGUUCAUCCAGCAGUAAUUCGUCUGAUGAUUCGUCUGAUGGAUCUUUCAUUAUCAAAUCCACCGACCCCAAGAGGCCUCCGCUAUGGUUUGUGUGUCAUGCGCACAGUGCUGAAUCGCGUUCUGAAUGGUUGCAGAACCUCAGGCAAAUACUUCAGACGCAACAGGACUUCCUUAAAGCCAUACAAUCACCUAUAGCUUAUCAAAAAGAACAGACAAAGGAGGCCAGUUAGUUGGCAGAGUGUGUUAUGAUAAACAAAUAAAAUAGAAAAUAAAAAAAUACUAUUCUACUUAACUUGUCAGCUAUGACAGUUUAGUGUGAUUGUGUUCGGCACAUUGACAAUUUAAGUCUGACCAUGUCCCCAAGCAGAUUGAAUAUUAUAAUAAUAAUAAUUAUUAUAUUAUUAAUAUCAAGACGACAUUCCUAUUUUACAUUAUCUUUUAAAUUUUUAUCUAAGUAGUUUUUAAAAAUAAAUAAAGAAAAAUAAUACUAUUUGUUUUUACAUUUAAGACAACAUCGAUUAAAUAUUAUCAUCACGUGAGAUUGACUUUUAACUUUAGAGCUUUCUAGAGGAUAUAUAUAUAGGUAUAUAUUUAUGUAUUAUAAUUUUUACUGUGAGAACAACGAUUUUCAAAAAAAGAAAUAUCCAUGUAGACAACGAUUACAUACAAGUUCUGUAUAAACAUCUUCAGGUUCUUUUUUUUUAAGGAUCUAGUCAAAUGUUUAUUUAGACUAAUUUCUAUUUUAUAAUGUUUCUCUUACUAUAAU